GAGUCACGUAGCUCUGCGGCAUCCGCAGCCUCAUUUAGAGGAGCCGGGGCUGGAGCCGCAGCUGUUGCGGAUCUGAACCUGACCUGCUGGGAGCUGUUCCUGUGGCUGCCGCAGCCAAGCCGCUGCGCACAGAACUGUCACCAUGCCCCACUCCUACCCAGCCCUUUCUGCUGAGCAGAAGAAGGAGCUGUCUGACAUUGCCCUCCGGAUUGUGGCCCCAGGCAAGGGCAUUCUGGCCGCAGAUGAGUCUGUAGGCAGCAUGGCCAAGCGGCUGAGCCAAAUUGGGGUGGAGAACACAGAGGAGAACCGCCGGUUAUACCGCCAGGUCCUGUUUAGUGCUGAUGACCGUGUGAAGAAGUGCAUUGGAGGUGUCAUCUUCUUCCAUGAGACCCUCUACCAGAAAGAUGAUAAUGGGGUCCCCUUUGUCCGUACCAUCCAGGAUAAAGGCAUUGUUGUGGGCAUCAAGGUGGACAAGGGUGUAGUGCCUCUGGCUGGGACUGAUGGAGAAACCACCACUCAAGGAUUGGAUGGGCUCUCAGAACGCUGUGCCCAGUACAAGAAGGAUGGUGCCGACUUUGCCAAGUGGCGCUGCGUGCUGAAAAUCAGUGAGCGCACACCGUCAGCACUUGCCAUUCUGGAGAAUGCCAACGUGCUGGCCCGCUAUGCCAGCAUCUGCCAGCAGAAUGGGAUUGUGCCUAUUGUGGAACCUGAAAUCCUGCCUGAUGGAGACCAUGACCUCAAACGUUGCCAGUAUGUUACAGAGAAGGUCCUGGCUGCGGUGUACAAGGCCCUGAAUGACCAUCACGUGUACCUGGAGGGGACCUUGCUCAAGCCCAACAUGGUGACUCCUGGACAUGCCUGUCCCAUUAAGUAUAGCCCGGAGGAGAUUGCCAUGGCAACUGUCACUGCCCUGCGUCGCACUGUGCCCCCAGCUGUCCCAGGAGUGACCUUCCUGUCUGGGGGUCAGAGUGAAGAGGAGGCAUCUCUCAACCUCAAUGCAAUCAACCGUUGUCCCCUUCCCCGGCCCUGGGCCCUCACCUUCUCCUAUGGGCGUGCCCUGCAGGCCUCUGCACUCAAUGCGUGGCGAGGGCAACAGGACAACGCUGGGGCCGCCACGGAGGAGUUCAUCAAGCGGGCCGAGGUGAAUGGGCUUGCGGCCCAGGGCAAGUAUGAAGGCGGUGGAGAAGAUGGUGGAGCGGCAGCACAGUCCCUCUACAUUGCUAACCACGCCUACUGAGGACCCACUCCACGCCACAGCCCUGGGCCUGGCCACCUGCUCCCAGUCUUGCCUGUAGUUAUGGCCAGGGCCAAGUAUCCAUGCAGAGCAGAGAUGCCUCCAUCCAGCACUGAGUCAUCUUCCUUUUUUUCUCCCCUUCUCCCCUCUCCCAUUGCUGCACCUGGGACCAUUGGAUGGGAGGAUAGGGAGCCCCUCGACUGAGGGCAGGAGAACUUGCUAGAUGUCAGAGCAGAAUGCCUGGGUCUCCCCCCACCUCUGGCAGCCCCCACAAUUUCCCCAACGUGGGAUUGCUUAUCCUUGGGCUCUCCUUGCCCACCCCCUCUCCUGGGAUCAGAGGGUAGGACACCAGAGCUUACUCAUGCUUUGGCUACAUACCAUAUAGCAAAUAAAUGGUAGCAAAACA